AUGCAAAAGAAAAUUGAGAAGGUACAAGAGUUCAAAUCAAAGUCUGUCAUGUUGGACAUUUAUUCAAUCAUAGAGGAAAUACACUCUCAAUUGAAUCCUCUCAAAGAGGCCAAGAAGGCCAUCCAGGUGGCUAAUUCUUUGGCCAACAUGGCUCAGGCUGAAAAUGCAGCUGUGGGUUCCAAUAAUAGCAGCAACAUCCAAAAUAAUAUGGCCUGUGAGGGCUGA